GUUGGGCAAAAUAUUGUCGCGUGGUCGCUGUGUUUGUUCAUUUUUGUUUGUAAACAAAAACGUAAACAGCUGAAGUUUAACAACUGUUUCACAAAAUAAUAAUUAACGUUCACCAAUUUAUCAUGUGUGGCUGUUGUUAUAUAAAAUUAUUGUGAACUUGAAACUUUCAAAAUCAUUUGAUCGUUGACUUUUUGAACAAAAAGAGUUUGUUUUGUUUCUUUGGGUGUUUAAUUGGCUAUUCCCGUUUGUAUUACGAUUUUUCAAAAAGAAAAAAAAUGUGUGGACGCUGUGGCUGUACAUUUCAACCCACAACUCUGAGUCGAGUUUGUCAAUACAAAGAUUCUUCUUCUGGCAAAUAUCGCCAAGCACAGUGGGUUCCUUCGAAAGUUGAUGAUAUUCAAUACAAGCCUUCCUAUAACAUGGGACCUCGUAGUGUCCUACCUAUUUUGACAUCUGGAUCUCAUGUUAAUAGUGAUCAAGAAAGAAUUAUUUGUCCUAUGCUUUGGGGAAUGAUACCUCCGUGGCAUCAGGGAGACUAUAGGAAACACAAAAUGUCUACACACAAUGCUCGCCUGGAAGACUUGCAAAAUUCAAAAAUGUAUUUGCCACCCCUACGUCAAGGAAAACGAUGCAUUGCAGUUGUUGAAGGAUUUUAUGAAUGGAAAAGAGAUGGAUCUACGAAACAACCAUAUUUCAUAUAUGCCAAGCAGGAGAAUGACAUUAAAGUGCAAGAUAAAAGUUCCUGGUCAGACGCCUGGUCUGAAGAAACAGGCUGGAAAGGUUUAAAGCUGUUGAAAUUAGCCGGAAUAUUCAAUACAUUCAAAAUUGGCACGGGAGAUAUUGUGCACAGUUUUUCAAUGUUAACCAGAGAAGCAAACAAUGUUUUGUCUUGGCUUCAUCAUAGGACUCCCGUUUUUCUUACGAGCGAAGAAGAAGUUCAGGAUUGGCUGAGUUAUGAGGACACUCCUAUGGAAAAAGCUUUGGGGAAUUUACGCCGACUAUCUCUGAAAGAGGAUGUCGUAGAAUGGUAUCCGGUUUCAACUGCAGUUAAUAGUGUCUUUUAUCAAAACGAGGAUUGUAUAAGUCCAAUCGAUUUGGAGAAAAAGGUGGAAAGAAAGAAACGCCCAACAGGUCUUAUGGCUUCUUGGUUGAAAGGCGCGUCAAACAAAAGAAAGGCGGAUGAUUCUGAAAAAUUGGAAAAUAGCCAGGAAAUGAAAUCCGCAAAAAAGGAAGAGUGCAGAAUGAUUAGUAACGUGGAGACGGAGUACCUGGAGAUCAACUCUAAAGGGGCUUGGGCGAUCCUCUUUCAGCACAUACGUAAUGAGUGCACUAAUUUGGACUACACGUGCAACGAAUCUAAGAAACCACAAAAUAGGAACUUAAAUCGAUACAGAGAUGUGGCCCCGUACGAUCAUACAAGAAUCGAACUUAAAAGGGGUCCAUGCGAUUAUAUUAAUGCCAAUCUCGUUGAAGUCACACGAGCUAAUAGGCUAUAUAUACUGACGCAAGGGCCGCUUCCAAAUACAGCCGGUCAUUUUUGGCUUAUGGUAUGGGAACAAGAAUCUAAAGGGAUAAUAAUGUUAAAUAAAGUAAUUGAGAAGAAUCAAGUUAAAUGUCAUCAAUAUUGGCCGACGGGGGGUACCAAUGACGAAGAAAUGACUUUCCCAGAUGUUAACUUAAAAGUAGAAUUUGUCAGUAAGACUGAUUCAUCGAAUUAUGCAACUACUACGUUAAGAUUAACGGACCUAGAAUCAAAUAAGAGCAGAGAGAUUUUGCACUUUCACUACACAACGUGGCCAGAUUUUGGUGUGCCUCCAAGCCCGACGGCGUUCCUCCGAUUUUUGGUGGAUGUAAGGCAACGGGGAGUUUUAGAUCAAAAUGUAGGUCCACCUAUCGUUCAUUGUUCUGCAGGAAUAGGAAGAUCAGGCACUUUUUGUCUCGUCGAUAGUUGUCUUGUUUUGAUCGAGGAAAACGGUCUAAAUUCUGUGAAUGUGCGAGAGAUCCUGAUGGAAAUGAGGAGGUGUCGCAUGGGUUUAAUACAGACGCCGGACCAAUUAAGAUUUUCGUACGCAGCCAUCAUCGAAGGAUCAAAGCAACUUCCGUCUAAUAACGUGAAUAUCGACAACGAAACAGUGACUAACCAUUAUGACGUGGUGAACAAUAUUAGCAACUCGUCCGUAGAAGAGGACGAUGAACCACCUCCUCUACCUCCUCCAAGGGGAGAGUCACUAGGUCGUAGUAUCAUGGCAGACGUAACGCCUAGUCCUACUACUGAAAACGGUGAUAUAAAUGGCCCUCCAAAUAAACCACUACCCAGUGAACCGGCCGUUCGUUCGGAUCCAACCACCAGUACACCUCAAAUAAAUUCCACGCCAUUGUCCAAUAAUGUACACGAGAAUGCUGAAGGCUUAUCGGAUCGACAACCUGGUGAAAGUACGAGUGACGGCGAAAACUCGUUUAAAACAAUCAGCCCUCCGUCCAGUCCAGACCCGAAAUUUGAACUUCGUCAGCGUCAUCAGGAGAAGAAAGAACGACUUGCAGCGCAGGUGAACGACAUGAAACGCCGGCAGAAGCAGACCGAAGAAUGGCAGAAACUCAAGAGGUCAUUAUUUACGCCCCUUUCACUAGGCAUAGGAGCCGCGAUUGUUGGUGGGAUGAUAUAUAGCUACUUUUACAUGCGCGGCUAGAAAACUAAUCCAUUUAUCGAUUGGCUAGGCAGAAACGCUUACACCUAGUGAUACAGUUGAAAGCACAGUCAGAUAAGUUCACUGUAGAUUUCAAGAGCCAGAUCUCUGUGCACUUGAAAAUGAAACGAAAGAUUGAUCUUUCUGAUUCCUGUAGGCCCUGCAAUGAAUUCCCGUCUCUCUUUUAAGCAACAGCAAGAGAUUCUGGUUCGAAUUUAAACAGAGUAACUAGUUGAAAUGAUUUGCAAAAGAUUAAUACAGAGGGACAACAAAAGUCCAAAGAAGAGCGAUCGAAGUUAAGGAGGAAUGAACGCAUUUGUAUUUUUAUAUUGCAACUCGAGAAUUAUCCAUGGCUAGAAGAAAGUGUCGGAAUCGUUUUAACAAUCAUUUUGAUAGAUUUCUUUAAACGGAAAGCAUGAAUUCCUGUUGAUUAGUUGAAUAAUGGACGUGUUCAAGUAAGAUUUUUAAAAGCUAAAGCAUCUAGCUUGUCUCGCGAACAUACGCACUCAUAUUAUCUACAUUCUGUAGAUUGAAUCACACCUGUGGAAUAUAUUUUCUUACCUUUUAUGUCGUUUCUGUUGAACAAGAAUGAUGAUGUUAAUCAAGUUAGUUGAAGCAGAGGAACCCUGCCACUUUUUAUUUGCCACUUGACUCAUUUAGGCACUCCAAUAUACCAAUCAAGUUUUAGCGGCUUUAAUCAAGCUCGCAAAUUUAUUGUCUUGGGGAGUUUAAUUUAUAGAUAUACGUAGGUACUCUUUGGUAUGCGAACACUUCAGCAUUAUGAAUGUAAUGUAUUACGAAGAAAUCUCUUUCAAAAGAAACAGAAUCAUUGAUCUCGGAAAAAAUCUAGGGUUUCAAUUUCUUAGUGUUGAAGUUUUUUAGUGUACUAGACAGUAUACAAUUAUAGAGUUGAGUCAAGCGCUCUGCACAUUGCCAAGAUAUAGUAAUUAAAUAGAUUAACAUUUCUUUGUAUUGUUGAGUACGUUUUGAAAUUCUGUUAAUAUCUAGCGAACGAGGCGCGAUAACAAGUCAAGCAUAAUUAGUUGAGAAAAUAAAGGUAGAACAGUUAAAUUGAGACGGAAUUUAGGAUCGUCGAUUACGAGAUUUCCUGCUCACCAAUCGAGCGUUCGGAAAGACUGAGUACGAUUAAAGAUUUGUAAAAGAAAAUUCAAGUAAAAUUAAAGGAAAAUCUUCUAAACGUAAGCAAAUUUUGCAUGAUAGUUAUGCCACAGAUAAUAGAUGGGCGGAAUUAUUAGCAAGUUGAUUCGAAAGGCAAUUUAACUUGUUUUUUUAUUCAUAAGUUGCUUACUCGUCUUCGUUGCAGUACACACGUAUUGGUGUGAAGAAAUUUUUAUUUUUCAUAAAUAAAAAGUAAUAACUAAAAAAGUAUGCUUUUUUCAAGGAGUGCCUAUGGAACCUUGAACUUUUCUUGUUCUUUUAAUUUGGCAAAGUUCCUGUCUAUCGUCUGUGGUGAUAGGAAGAGGAGAAUGUCAGAUCUCAGGAUGUAUCUGCGUAUAUCCACUGCAUCGAUUCUCUGACUCUAGUAGGAUUCUUCGAAGAUCUUAAUUCGAUAUCGCCAAUAAAAGAGGAAAGCGAGAGAGCAAGACUGCUGGAAGUCAGAACUUAUGAAAAUACGGUGCUAAGUUAAAGUCCCACACAUUCGUUUGUACGAGAGAAAGAAACAGAAGAUGCAUAAAUGAGAGACUGAAAGAGUGAGUGAUUGUGACCGAAAAGAUUAAAGGAGAAGAGAGAGAGAGAGAGAGGA